CUUUGCUUCACCCGCAACACCAUCCCGACCUAACCGCGAUAGUAGAGAGCCACUCCUAUCGCAACGGCCAUGGCUGCUCCAGAGAUCCACCACCUUUUCCACCACCCCAUUGCUGAUCACUCGUUCUCAGCAGACAGACAUACUCUUGCCGUCGCGAAGGAGAACAAUGUUGAGCUGUAUCAGCGUUCAGGCAACACCUUUCACCUGCAGGACGAGUUGAGGGGCCAUGAUAAGCUCGUCACCGGUGUAGACAUUGCACCCAACUCCGGUAAAAUCGUGACUUGCUCUCAAGACCGUAAUGCGUACGUCUGGGAACCAUCUCCGUCAGGAUGGAAGCCCACUCUCGUACUUUUGCGUAUAAACCGAGCCGCGACUUGCGUUCGCUGGUGUCCAUCGGAGACGAAAUUCGCCGCGGGCUCAGGUGCACGUCUCAUUGCGAUCUGUCACUUUGAGGAGGAGGACAACUGGUGGGUUUCAAAGCACCUUAAAAAGCCAAUCCGUAGCACCAUUACAUCUGUAGCCUGGCACCCCAACUCAGUGCUAUUGGCAGCAGGCUCUACUGACGGGCAUGCAAGAGUGUUUUCCAGCUUCAUCAAGGGCCUUGAUCAACGACCUGAGCCUUCGGCUUGGGGCGAAAGAUUGCCAUUCAACACGGUGUGCGGCGAGUUUCUGAACAAUACCGCAGGAUGGGUGCACGAUGUGGCCUUCUCGCCAAGUGGCAAUGCGUUGGCUUUUGUAUGCCAUGACAGCAGCGUGACCGUUGUGUAUCCGAGUGCUCCAGAGCAGCCGCCGAGGGCUGUCGUCAGCAUCAGCACGCAGUUGCUUCCAUUUACAAGCCUGAUCUGGACAAACGAGAGCGAGAUCAUUGCGGCCGGAUAUGACUGCGAAGCAUACCGACUUCAAGGAAAUGAACAAGGCUGGCAACUAGCCGGGUCUCUUGAGGCAAAGAGCAGAGCUGGUGGAAUUGGCCGAAGUGAUGAGUCAGCUCUGAACAUGUUCAGGCAGAUGGAUCUGAAAGGUUCUACCAAGAAUGACACAAAGCUCAAUACUGUCCACCAGAACACUAUCAACACUAUUCGAGUCUACCAAGGCUCACCAGAUCGUGUAACGAAAUUCAGCUCUGGCGGUGUUGACGGCCGCAUAGUGAUCUGGAAUGCGUGAAUUUCAGCCCUGCGAUCAUUCAUGACAUAGCGUAGAUGCAAACAAAAAAAUUCUAAACGAUUUUCACUGGAAUGUCGUUACUACAAACAAGUCCUCUUUACGUUCGUCUGCUCACUUGAGCUUCGAGCGGCGAAAACGUUUUUGUGUCCUGAGGCUAGAUCCCUGCGUCAACCCCCGGUCCGACAUC